AUGACGUGGUGUGGAGAGGAGGGGCUUAAUCGUUUGAAAUCUGCAGGAACUCCUACUGUGGUUCGAGCUCAAUGGAGCCCCCCUUCGAUGGGGCGGUUAAAAUGUAAUAUUGAUGCGGCUGUGUUUGGUAAUAGAGCGGGCUUCGGAGCAGUGGUGCGUGACCAUGAUGGUGCUUUUGUGGCUGCGGUUGGCGGAGAGCUCGAGUGCGGACCAAACCCUUAUUUGGCAAAGGCAAUGGCUGUUAGAGAAGCUUUGUCAUGGCUUAAAGGGCGGGGUUUGCUUAAUGUUGAUCUGGAGUCUGAUUGUUUAAACUUAUGUAUUGCUUAUAAUUCUUCAUCUUUGGACUUGUCGUAUGUUGGUUUGGUUAUAAAGCAAUGUCAUCUCAUUGCUAACGAUAUGGGCACUGUUAGUGUGCGGCAUAUCGGGAGGUCAGCGAAUCAGAUUGCUCAUGCAUUAGCUAGGGCGACUGGUUCUUCUUCUGUUCCUAUUUCGUGGGUUAUUUCCCCACCUGCUUGUAUUUCGGCUUUCUUUGAUUAA